GUGGCUUCCGCUAGGGGCGUUACGGAGACGAGGCCUCGCGACCAAUGGCUUUAGAGCCCUGGGGCGGGGCCUCUCCGGCAGCUUCAGACAGGAGCUAUCGGCACUCCUGCUGUCCAAUGAGAGCCGCAGAGAGGCGGUCUCUCGGCUGAGGCUCAGCCAAUGGAGCAGACGAGGGGGCGGGCCCCGAGUGCCUGGCGGCGGGUCCUCAGCUCCCCAGCCGAGGUGCGGCGAGCCGGUGUGGGGGGAACCGCGAGGCGAGCGCGGGAGCCUGGGAGGCACACCGGGUGUGAGCUGCCCGAAAAUGCACUCGGAUGCCGCAGCUGUCAACUUUCAGCUGAACUCUCAUCUCUCAACACUGGCAAAUAUUCAUAAGAUCUACCACACCCUUAAUAAGCUAAACUUAACGGAAGACGUUGGCCAAGACGAUCACCAAACAGGAUAUCUGCGGUCUUGCAGUUCUUCGGACUGCUUUAAUAAAGUGAUGCCACCAAGGAAAAAGAGAAGACCUGCUCCUGGAGAUGAUUUAUCUGCCAAGAAAAGCAGACAUGAUAGCAUGUAUAGAAAAUAUGACUCAACUAGAAUAAAGACUGAAGAAGAAGUAUUUUCGAGUAAAAGGUGCUUAGAGUGGUUCUAUGAAUAUGCAGGUACUGAUGAUGUUGUAGGUCCUGAAGGCAUGGAGAAGUUUUGUGAAGACAUUGGUGUUGAGCCAGAGAAUGUGGUUAUGCUUGUCCUAGCUUGGAAAUUGGAUGCACAGAACAUGGGUUAUUUUACUCUACAGGAAUGGUUGAAAGGAAUGACUUCUCUACAAUGUGACACAACAGAAAAACUCAGAAACACUUUGGAUUACUUAAGGUCGUUACUAAAUGAUUCUACAAACUUUAAACUUAUCUACAGAUACGCGUUUGACUUUGCACGGGAAAAGGACCAGCGCAGCCUAGACAUAAACACUGCCAAGUGCAUGUUGGGACUGUUAUUAGGAAAAAUUUGGCCCCUUUUUCCAGUUUUUCACCAGUUCUUAGAGCAAUCAAAAUACAAAGUUAUUAACAAAGACCAGUGGUGCAAUGUGCUAGAGUUUAGCCGAACAAUUAAUCUCGACCUCAGCAACUACGACGAAGACGGAGCAUGGCCAGUUUUGUUGGACGAGUUUGUGGAGUGGUAUAAAGACAAACAGAUGUCGUAGGACUUCAUGCACAGCAGCGAGAGAGUCACUGUUACCACAGUCAUGUCAACCGUUAGCCAUAAACUGCUGUUUGUAUCAAAGCGCAUGCUGCUUUCCUUGUACUGUCUCCCUUUGGCAGGGAUGUUUUGGUGUUUGCUAUUGACUGGACCGGCUCUGUUUGCUGUGUAGCAUUGUUCUCUUGAACGGCUGCUUUGCAGUUUGUAUUUACACUACAGAUUGGUGAAUUUGCCAACGUCCUCACUGUGAUUAUGUGUAUAUUGCUGUUUAAAUUUUGUAUAUGUGUAUAAAAAGAAAAAGCUUCACCUAGA